GUUCGAGAUGGAAGUAACGAAAAUGCGCCACUGAUGGGACGUUACUGUGGUGAUGCAAUGCCAGUACCGUUAACAACAACACAAAAUGUUCUCUACGUGAAAUUCGUAUCUGACGCCUCAGUGACAAGAGCUGGUUUCCGGGCCACAUGGCAAGUUUCCUGUGGAGGAGUCUUCACUUCACCAACUGGAAUGAUCCGGUCUCCCUAUUUCCCCGAACCUUAUCCCAGUAACAGAGAGUGUGAAUAUUUCAUAAAUCAGCCAGCUGGAACUAGGGUGACCUUGACAUUCAACACCUUUGACAUUGAGGGAGGACCCUCUGAGGGAAAUUGUGCAUAUGACUAUUUAGAGGUUCGGGAUGGAGGUUCAAGUAGCUCCCCUGUAAUGGGAACAUUUUGUGGCCCGCAAGUACCGGACCCUCAGACAACAACCGGAAAUCUUAUGUAUCUAAAGUUUGUUACAGACGGGUCGGUUCAGAACCUAGGAUUUGAGGCGACGUAUGAAGCUGGCGAGGGCGGAUGUGGAGGCCAACUCACUGAUGAAACAGGAAGUAUACAGUCUCCUGGCCAUCCUAAUGUAUAUCCACACGGAGUGAACUGUUCGUGGAGUAUUCUAGUACAGCCCGGUCUUGUGGUGCGAUUCACCUUUCAUACAUUUAGUAUAGAGCAGCAUCGAAAUUGUAUCUACGAUUCAGUGGCCCUGUACGAUGGUUCCAGCACAGAUGAGUCCAAUCUGAUUGGACG